AUGAAGUCAAAUCGUGGUGAGGAGCUGCCAGAGGACUUCUGGAUACCCAUCAAUCUGGACACCAACAACAUCACAGCAUUCAGCCCUUUCCUAGUUCCCCAGGAUCACCUGGGGAGCUCGGGCAUCUUCUACGCAAUGGCAGGAUUUAUGUUUUUCGUAUUUGUGGUGGGCACCAGCAUCAACACCCUCACCAUCGCAUGCACCGUCAAAUACAAAAAGCUGCGGUCUCACCUUAACUACAUCCUGGUGAAUUUGGCUGUGGCGAACCUUCUUGUAUCCUGUGUGGGCUCAUUCACUGCCUGCGUCUCCUUUUCGACCAAAUAUUUCAUUUUUGGAGCGCUAGCAUGCAAGAUUGAAGGUUUUAUGGCAACACUCGGAGGUAUGGUCAGCCUGUGGUCUCUGGCUGUGGUAGCUUUUGAAAGAUGGCUGGUUAUCUGCAAGCCACUUGGUAACUUUGUUUUCAAGCCUGACCAUGCCAUAGCUUGCUGCGUGUUCACCUGGGUGUUUGCGCUUAUUGCCUCACUUCCUCCUCUGUUUGGAUGGAGCAGGUACAUCCCAGAGGGUCUGCAGUGCUCCUGUGGACCGGACUGGUACACCACAAACAACAAAUACAACAAUGAAUCCUACGUGAUGUUCCUCUUCUGCUUCUGCUUUUCUGUUCCCUUUGUCACCAUCGUCUUCUGCUACUCACAGCUGCUCAUUACACUGAAAAUGGCAGCGAAGGCUCAAGCGGAGUCUGUCUCCACACAGAAGGCAGAGAGGGAGGUGACCAGGAUGGUAGUUCUCAUGGUGAUGGGCUUCCUGGUGUGCUGGUUGCCCUACGCCAGUUUUGCCCUUUGGGUAGUGAACAACCGAGGGGUAUCGUUCGACCUGAGACUGGCCACCAUACCCUCCUGCUUCUCGAAAGCCUCUGCAGUCUACAACCCUGUCAUCUACGUUCUGUUCAAUAAACAGUUUCGUUCAUGCAUGAUGACGAUGUUGGGGAUGGGAGGAGAUGAGGAGGAAUCAUCAACAACACAGUCAGUGACUGAGGUCUCCAAAGUUGGGCCUGCUUAA